AAAUUAAAUAAGACUUCAGAAAAUACUGAACAGAGCAACGAAGAACCUCUAUCACCAGCAAACUCUAAGCAGCAAGAACAAAAUGAUACAAAAGAUGAUCAAAAUCCCCAGCUUUCAGUUCUAGCAGAAUUAGCUACAACAAACAACAGCUUAGAUGAACAAAUGCAAGCGACAACCCAAGAAGAUCUCUUACCAGAUACAGAAAUGCUAUCAAGAGAUGAACUUGCCAUUUAUGGCUAUGAAACACCACACCCAUCUGCAAGUUACAUCUUCAAAGCAGCUUCUCCUUCUGACAAAAAUGAAAAAACAGAUGGCUUUAUUACAAAACAAGCCACUCCCAAUUCAAGGGAUCCAACAACCUUAUAA